CGCUCCUCCAGAAAGUUGGCGGCGGCGCCCGUUAUGCCGAGCAGUGUUUAUUGGGGGCUGUGUACUUAUUAUUCGGGUCCUCAUGACACCCUGUCACAUUGAAGUCCGGCAUGGACGACGUCAUAGUAAUAAGCCUUUCGGAUGAGUCAGAAGAGGACGAGCAACCAUGGAAGAGAAAAAAAAGUCGCAGACAGAGGGGGAAGCGCCCUCGAAACGCCUCACCUUCACAGGAUAUUAUCGAUCUGACUGGUAAUGAUGUGUUUCCAUAUGUGACAAGCUCUGAGAUCAUAAUAGACUUGACUGGUAAUGACGAAGAUGCCUCACAUGGCACACCAGAGCAGCAGAUGACAUCUCCAAUAAAAUACGACAACCUGUCUCUGUCUGAAGGUGGAAGUUCAGAGCCUGAAAAUGAAGUGAUGUUCAGUUCCCCCAUGAAAGUUGAGACAUCUAGCAGCAAAGAGAUGGACAAGUCAAGUGACAGUGUAUGCAGCAGCAUCUGCUCCAUGGAGAGUAUAACAGACCUCUGUCAGCCCGAUUAUCUUCCUGAAAGGACUGAUGCAGAUUUUCCCUCUAGAAACAAUGGGAAAUGUGCUUAUGUAAAUUCUUCACACUUGCAGGACUGGUCCCAUCAAGCCACUCACAAUCAAGAUGGUGUGCAUUCAGAUAUUGUCACUCAGGUCCAACAUAUAAGCAGCUCAAUGCCAACUUCAAUUACAGCAAUGAAGGAAGAAUCUCCAUGCAGUCAGUCCACCCUAGUCAACAGGUCACUCUUGUACAAACUUAGAUACUUCAAGAAGCCUCUGGUCGGUCAUAUGUUUCCUCAUACGUUAAGACAUGACAAGAAUUCUCCACCACUACCAAUUCCUUUAAGCCGUAUGAAUAUGAUAAACAACACAAAAGAUGAGCACUUCCAUCCGGGCACACUGUAUUUCCUGUCUGAGUUUGUGUCUGCAAGUCAGUACCCACCUAAAGAAAUUAUCAGCUACAUCAUCACCUCUGUUCUGCUGGGAGCAGAGGAGCAACCAAUCCGACAAGAAGCUUACAUGAUCCUAAUGAAAGUUCAAAGACUACAUCCAGCUACUUCUGAGUCUGUGGCUUGGGAUUGGAAUCUGCUGUCAGAAGUGAUGUCAGAACAGACAGGUCUCCUAUUCCUCCAAUAUGUGGUACAGACCUUAGAUGAUGACUUCCACCUCUGCUUACAGCGGCGAACUUUACAUAAAUCUCUGUGUAAAUCAAUGCUGUCUUGUGACAAGAGUUUCUGUAAUGUCAAACAAGUCAUUGACUGGCUAAUAGAUGCUGUGAAACAGAUGCCUGAAACUGGUCAGGAUUCCAUCUCUCAGUGUAACCUACAAAAGGUAAUUUUUCUUUUACAGCGUAUGCUCUCCAUAGCAGUUGAAGUGGAUCACUCUCCUACAAUGAACUCUAACAGGAUAGCAGAUUACAUAUUUUCCUACAUGAGCAUCCUGAAAACAAGACCGCAAAGAGAGAUGUUCUUUAGCAGUACAGAAAAUAUUUUACUUCGCGCAAAGAUACUGGAGGUAAUAUUCAACCACAGUUGUAAAUCGCUGUCAGAGCUCCCGCUCUGUUUUGGUAAAAUAAUUCACUUCAUCAGCAAUUCUACACCGCAACUGAAGAAUCAGGGUCCAGAGUGGCAAAGAUGGGAUGAAAUGCUGCAUCAAUUAAUUGUGCUCUGCCUGAGUUUCCAAACCAUUAUAACAGUGAUGGCUUCACCUAAGGACCCAGAGACCCAUAAAUCUGUCUCAAAGAGGAAGCAUCUGACCUGCUUUGACUGCAGUACACUGCUGGAUGACAAUUGUCCCUUUUCGAGGUGCAAGGCUUGCAGUAGAUCCCAGUCUGCCACGGAACCCACCAUGCAAGAAAUGUACCAGUGGGUCAAGGGAUAUGUGGAUGAAUCAAUCAAAGGAUUUGCUUUUUUCCACCAGAGAAAACUCAGAAAUUGCUAAAGUCCAUCAGGUCAGGGGACCAUGAUGACACCGGGGAGUCCUCCGAUCCUGCCGGUUGGGCACAAUGUGUCUUCAAGGUGGAUGAGACCCUUCUUUCUGUUAUGCGGAUGGAAUGGAAAGCCUGAGAAAGGUCCAGUCCUGACUAAGAAAUUCAGGACCAUGUUUCCCAUGGCGAACUUCUUGGUGGAAUCAUGGGGUUCCAUUCCCAAGGUGGACAUGGCUAUUGCCAAACUGUCUAGACACACUCUGGUGCCAGCAGACGAUGGGUCUAGUCUGCAAGACCCCCUUGAUUGGAGGGCAGAGUGCACGUUAAGAAGAGGUUACUCUGCUGCUGUAGCCUCUGCUUCGACUGCUAUCGCGGCUAUGGAAGUUUCAUCCUUCCUCCGUUCCUGCCUAAAUCAGAUCCAGAUGGAUGUGGACCAGAGGGUGUCCCGGGAUGAAAUCCUGGCUGCAUUUAAGACUGUCAACCUGGCAAUGGACUUUCUGUGCGGCACGGCACAGUUAUAGCUAAAAUUGGCAGCCAAGUCUGUGGCCCUGGUCUCUGCAGCCCACAGGCCCUUAUGGCUUAAACCAUGGGUUGCGGAUAACACAUUAAAGUAUAAUUUGUGCUUGUUCAGCUCACAAUUGGACAAGAUCAUGGAGGCUCACUCCGAUAAGAAGGGGGAAAAGUCUUCCCCAACAGCCCUUUCGGGGACGGAGCAGACAAGAGCGUGGCGGUAGAUCCGGCCAACAAGCACAAAAUAGAUUGUGUAGAGACUGGGGGGCGCAGCAAAAAAUUUCGAAGCGCCCUCGCAGAGGAGCUAAGGAGGCUAAACCCUCCUGUCUAUGGGCCUCUCACAGGCUCUUGGUUAACCCCCACUACUCCUGCCAUCCUUCCGGAAGAUUUUCCUAUUCCUUGUCCCCUUAUGCCCGGCGGGCAAGGAUGUCUGGGCUCAGGAGAUUCCGGACCCUUGGGUCCUAAAGGUCAUUUCCGAGGGUUACUCAAUAAACCAAGUUGCCUCCCCCGAACAGAUUUGUCGUCAACCAUCGCCUACUGCCUGCCAGGCGAUUCUGUAGGCCUAUAUCCUUAAGGGUGCUUUGAAGGAGGUUCUGGCAGGAGAGUGGGGCUUGGGGAUCUAUUCUCCGGUUUUUAUAGUUCCCAAGAAAUCCGGAGACCUCCCAGAUGAUUAUCGAUUUUUCAAUCAAUUUAUAAGGAAAGCAAAGGAAACUAUAUCAGGUCAGUAAUCCACGUUCUCAACCCCGGAGACAUGAUGGCUACCCUGGACCUCAAGGAUGCGUAUCUUCACAUCCCCAUCCAUCCUGCUUCCCAGAGGUAUCUCGGGAUCGUGGUCCAGGUCUCGGGGGUUCUCGGGCACCUUCAAUUUGUUGCCUUACCCUUCGGGAUUUCCUCUGCUCCUAUCACCUUCACCAAGGUGGUGGUUUCGGUGGUAGCAGCUUUGAGGCUUCAAGGUCUGACCAUAAUUCCUUACCUGGACGAUUGGCUCCUAAAAGCCUCCUCUGUUCCAGUUCUUACCCACCAUCUUCAUGUAGCUAUCUCUUUUCUGCUCCGCCUAGGGUGGAUCAUCAACUGGCAGAAGUCGAACGUGAGCCCGUCAACUUCAGUAACCUAUCUAGGCGUCAUAGUAGACUCCGUUGGGAUGUCCCUCCAGUUGACUCCAGAAAGAAGAACUCUGAUUCUGGACCUGGCAAGGCUCCUAUCUGUUCCUCGUUGAGUUUCCAUCAGGACUCUCAUGAAGAUGCUUGGGCUCAUGUCACUUACGAACCCCUGUUAUAGACCGUCCUGAUGAAAUUCUAAAGCGAACACCAAGUGUAUUACAUCUGUCUGAGGAUAUCACUGAAUCGGAGGUGGACCUUUCACUCGCCCUUCUCCAGCAGCGGAUG